AUGGUGGACGACGAGAUAAUCUUCCCCGGCCACAUCGACAUGGGUGACAUGGCGGAUCUCAUGGUCGGCGAGGUUGACCUGGACGGCUUUUCCGACGACGAGCUUGACGUGGACGAAUUGGAACGCCGCAUGUGGAAGGACCGCCUCAAGCUGAAGCGGAUUAAAGACUGCCAGAAGAUUAAGGAUGCGCCAGAGGUUCAGGAGAAUAAGGAUGACGAGGACGAGGAGGAGGAGGAUUUCAAGCCGCGCCAGAAGCAGUCGCAGCAGGAUCAGGCUCGCCGGAAAAAGAUGUCGCGAGCGCACGACGGGAUUCUCAAGUACAUGCUGAAGAUGAUGGAAGUCUGCAAAGCCCAGGGUUUCGUGUACGGGAUAAUCCCGGAGAAGGGAAAGCCGGUGGGCGGAAGCUCCGACAACCUUCGCGCGUGGUGGAAGGACCAGGUGCGCUUCGACCGCAACGGGCCCGCCGCCAUCGCGCGCUACAACGCGGAGCAGGCUGUAGCGGCCGGCAAGAAGGACCACCAGCCGGCAGGCCUGCUACAGCUGACCACGCCGAACACGCUACAGGAGCUACAGGACACGACGCUCGGGUCGCUGUUAUCCGCGUUAAUGCAGCAUUGCGAUCCGCCGCAGCGGAGGUAUCCGUUGGAAAAGGGGAACCCCCCGCCCUGGUGGCCGAGCGGGGACGAGGAUUGGUGGCCGCAGCUGGGGAUGCCACGUGGCAGCGGCCGUCCUCCAUAUAAAAAGCCGCACGAUUUGAAGAAGGCUUGGAAGGUCGGGGUGCUGACUUCGGUGAUUAAGCAUUUGUCGCCGGACAUCGCACGGAUUCGCAAGCUCGUGCGACAGAGCAAGUGCUUACAGGAUAAGAUGACGGCGCGGGAGAGUGCCACGUGGCUCGCUGUGCUGGAUCAGGAGGAGGCGUCGCUGCUGCACGCGCAGGGGAAGCCGCUUCCGCCGGGCGCGGCGGAAUACGACCCCUUCCGCGUCGACCUUCCGCCCUUCGUCUCCACGAACGGCGGCGCGGGAUGCGGCGACUAUCUCGCCGGAGCGCUGCAAGCGCUUCAACAGCAACAGCAACAGCGGAGCGCCGUAGCGGAAGGAGCGCUUGCUGGGAAAACCCUUUCCGCGGUCGCCGCCGGCGUCGGCGGAAAGCCCGCCGCCGCCAUGAAAGCCGAGCCGCAGUCGUGGAUGCCGGCGGUGACGAAUCACAUCCCCGUAAAUCUCGCCGCCACUGACGCGGCUCCGGGUCAGGCGGCAGGGGACUGCGGCGAUGCUGCUGCCGGGAAUCCCGGUGGCGAUGAUGACGUGGCGCCGCCGAUUGAGGCGGUGCUUGCGGGGGUUGAGAUGCUGCCCGAGCACAGAGUUUUCAUGUGCCCGUUCGACCGCUGCCCGCGGCACUUAUGGCGCAACGCGUUUUCGGACCGCGUCUCGCGAAACCUUCACCAAGCGAAUUGCGCGUUCCGCCUUAGCGGCAAGGCGGAGGGGGAUUCCGCCGGUUCCGCGGAAGCCAGCGGCGGCGCAAAUGGCAGAAAGAGUGGCGCUGCUGGGGGGAAUUCGCGCGCUGACGUUGGCGGGAGCGCAACUGCUGCCGCCGCCGCUGCCGCCGUCGUCUCUUCUAAGAGUGUUGCUGCUGCGGCUGCUACAGCUGCUACAGCCGGUAUUCCGAAGAAAGCAACGGCCGGAAACGCGCCUGCUCCUGCCACGUCAGCAAUAUCCUCCGCGCCGCCAGCCGCUGCCGCGAAGGCAUCAGGCGGACCGGGCAAGGCUAGAAACGCUUCCGCUGCCGCGUCUGCCGCCGCGUCUGCCGCCGCGUCUGCCGCUGCUGCUGGUAACCCCUCAUCAGCUUCCACCAUGUUCGCAGGAAGCUUCGUCCCGCACAUGCCACGUCAGCAUCCAGGCGCGCCCGACGGCGUGGCGCCUUUCCUGCCGCCCCACCACCUGCGCCACGCGUCCCUGCUUAGGCAGGGAAGCUUCCCGGGAGAUUCCUACCACCCGGGGGGACCCGGAAACAUGAUGGCCAUGGGCGCAGCGGGCGCUGCGGCUGGUGGUGCUUCCGGUGGGGUUGGGGAGGAGGUGUAUCGGGAAGUGAUGCUGCAAGGGCAGGCGAUGCAGCAGCAGAAAAGGAAAGACGCAAAGCAGCAGCAGCAGCAGCAGGGGUUUUUGGAGGGAAGAGACGACUCCCUGGAGCAGGGAGGGCAGGAAGAGGAGCAAAACGAGAGCAGCAGCAACGCUCGCUCUGCUUCCCUAAACCCCUUGGCUCGAGUCACUGCUGCGUCUCUCCCUCCCUUCCGCCGCAACUACAGCGACCAGAACCUCCCCUUGUGCGCGAUUACUGGUGGCGUUGCCAGUGGUAUGGCAUCAGGGGGCAGGGGCGGCGCAACUGCUGCUGGAGGGGCGUCGGGACGGAGCAACCUCGGCAUGCGUCCUUCCCAGCUGCACCAGCAGCAGCAGCACCAGCAGGAGCAAGAGCAGCAAACAGCGUUUCAGGAGCUUUCAGCUGCGGUGGCUGCUGCGGCUGCUGCUGGAUCUGGGGGUUCUGGGGCGUCUGGAAAUUUUGGCGGUUCUGUUUCCAGCGAAGGAGGAGUGACUGUUGGGGCAAAAAGGAGAGCGCUAUCCGAUGCCGAGGCCGUGCUCGCCAGCAACCCUGACUUCUUCGCAUCUGUCCUCGAAGAUUCGCCGAAUCUGGACAGUAUGAUUCACCUAGAGGGCAUGCUGCAGCAGCAGAGCUUCGGAUCGCCACAUGCGACCGUUACUGAUGAUGGGGUGGGACGGGGAGGAGGUUCGGGCCAAGCCGGAGCAGCUGGUUCGGGAAUGAUGUCGUCUGGUGUGGGUAUGCCUGCUGGCGCCGCUCCUGCCGCUGGUGCUGUGGCUUCUGGCGUGGGUAUUACUAAUGCUAUUGCCAAUGGUAGUGCCAAUGGUAAUGGUGGGGCCACUGGGGGGGAGGGUGUGGGGCAGGGCGGAGGGGGUCCAGUGGGAAUGGAGGAGGAUGUGGAUGACAGCUUGUUUGGGUUCAGCUUCGGAGCGAUUGGGAAUCAGGACCAGAUGAGACUGCUCAACAACCUCAUGGAUGAGGAGUUGUGCUACUUUGGUGCUUGA